CAUGAAUACGUAAAGCUGCUCUGGUGGCUAAAAUCAUCCCCUUAUUUGCUGUCAACGGAUAGUGUUCUCCAUGAUAAAUCGCAUGAGCGACGUUGAAGCAUACAACUGUACAUUGAACUUUGAAGAGUUCCUCGAAUGAAUAUAUACAAGAUGGAAAGAUUGGCAGAUGUUACUUAGUAAAUAACAAUGGAUGAUUUCCAAAAUCAAAGAUGUAGAGUAGAGUUGGUAGAAGAUUUUCAUAAUAAUGGAAGGAAACAAAGUUUUGAUGUUUCCACUUCACCUCUUUCAGAUACAGUCUAUGUUACUAGUAAACCAAGCCUUCCACAUAUAGAUCAUUCUCAGUGCACAAGUCGUGCCUCUGAAAAAUUAGAUUUAAUGGCACAGGCUUGCCACUUAGCUAGUCUUAGUCCUUUUAAGCAACCUGUAGCAACAUCAAAAACCUGUUCAUCAAUGUUAUUUAGUCCACAAACUAAUGCUCUUUAUCAACAGAUGUCUUCCGUAUUAGAGACAAUGGAUACUAGAUCAUAUACAGUACCAUAUAAUAGGAAACCUGGAGAGUAUAUAUUAACUUCUACAAACUCGGAUAUUCUUCCUGCAUCACAAGAACACAAUCCAUUGCACACAAUGUCUGGCUUAUUAUCUAAUGAGACUGUCCCUACAAUACACUAUAAUAAUAGCGUAAACUCAAUUACACCUAACUUCACAAAUAAACCACAUAUAGAUAGUAUAUAUAAUUUACCUUCUAGUAUUCUACCUGGUUCAUCUUUUACUUGUAAUCCAAUUCCAUCAAUAAGGCAAGGUGAAGAAAAUAUAGCUACUGGAAUGAAACCGUUAGAUGAAAGUAAUAUGUUGAAUACAGAUUGUAGUAAUCUACUAGAAACAUGUAUAUCUGAACAAUCUAUGAUGGUUAAUAAUAAUCAUACAACAAAUAUAAAUAGCUCACCAUGUACUACAAGUACUAAUACACAAUCAGCUAUUACACAUGGGGACCAAUGGAUUUCAGCACAGAAAUCUGUUUUCCCUAUUAGCAGUGGAUUGAAACCUAACUUAGAUAUUCUAAAUUCAUCAUGUGAUCCCAGCUCUACAUCCAAUAUGGAGGAGGUACAUACAACAGAUUAUACAUCAGAUAAACAAACCUCUACAGAUAUAGAAUCAUACUCUUCGGCUACACCGGAUAAAACUAACUUCGGUAAAACAGGACAGAAGCAAACAUUGCUUGACCAAAUGCGAAACAAACAAAAACAGAAUAAAGUUGAUGGUUUUAAAGAUAAACAGUCUCACGAAACCCACAAGAAACAUACAAGAGCUUCAUAUCUAAAGAUUCACAUGAAUAGUCAUACUGGUUAUAAACCUUAUCAGUGUUCAGUUUGUGGUAAAAAAUUUACAUAUAAACGUACAUUUAAAGAACAUGAAGCUCAGCAUGAUAACAAACUUUAUGAAUGUAAAGUAGUCAAUAAAACCAGUAAUAAUAAGAGUCGUGUAUCUGUUUGUUCUGUGUGUGGUAAAACGUUUUCACGUCAAAACUAUUUAAAAAUACACCAACGAAUUCAUACCGGAGAGACCCCUUACUCCUGUCAGUAUUGUGAUAAAAAAUUCAAAUAUAAACGAACAUUUGUUGAACAUAUAGCGGAACAUAGACAGAUUAAAUUAUAUGAAUGUCAGGUUUGCGGAAAAGCAUAUGGUAAACAGAGUGCUUUCGAUGUUCAUAGACGAAAUCAUAAGAAAAGAGGGGAGGUAACUGAUAAAAUUUCUGUAAGUGUUACACCAGUACCCAGUAAUAAAACCAUGUUGAUACCAGCUGAACCAGAUAAUAAUAAAACCAAUACAAGUAAUAGAUCACAUGAUACGGAUAUUCAACACAUUAAAACCACUCUUCAAAAUAAUAUUCUAUUCAAAAAGGUCGGUAAAAAGCUGAAAUGUUUGUUAUGUGGUAAAUUGUAUCUGAGAAAAAAUCUUUUGAUUUCUCAUCUCAAAUCUCACGAAGACAAUAAAAGUACAUUUGUAUGUUCAUAUUGCGGUGAUGUAAUAGAUUCUGUUGUACUGUUAAGAGAUCAUGUGCUAAACCAUGCAUUACAAAUAUUUAAUGACAGUGUUAGUUCUCAAAAUAUGCCAACUAAAAAGUUGACAGCCACCAAAAGAAAUGAAACUACAAAAGAAAAUAAGAAUAGUGAUAGUUCUGAUGAAGCAAUAACUGUCUCCUUUGAUGAAAGUGAAAAGAAUAAACCUUUAAGAAAAAGAAGACAUAAAAUAGAAGAAAUAUUGGCUGAAAAUUCCUUAAUGACUGGUAUCCCACUUUCGAAAUCUACAACUUGUAGAAAACGGAAAUCAAGUAAACCAGUAAAGAUUGUAAAAGAUAAAACUGAUGAGUGUAUAAAUGAUGACAGUUUAUUACAAAGUGAUCUGUGUCCACCAGAUGAUGCCGAUGAUAUAUUUGCUGUUGAAAAUAAUUCAGAAAAGGAAAAGGAUCUAGAUAAUUGUAAUUCUGAUCAUGAACUACCUUCUAGAAAUAGAAAAUGUGCCAAGAUUGUUAAUAAAAAGGGUAGUCUUAUGUGUGUAGUGUGUGGUAAAGAUGUAAAUAAUCUGAAACUACACAUGAAAUCACAUAAUCGAUCAGGACUUAUUUGUGAGAAAUGUGGAAGAGAAUAUAAAUAUGAAUAUUAUUUAAAGAAACAUAUGCUAUCUCAUGAUAAGCAUAAUGACAUUAAAAAAAGGAGAGAUAUAAAGAUUAAUUGUGAAAUUUGUUUUAAAUCUGUUCGUGUGGAUUGUUUAAAGAGCCAUAUGAGAACGCAUACAGGUAACAACGAUCAGAGUCACAUCGAACCAAGGCCCUUCUGAAAUGGCCUCCCAGACAAAUACAAGUCCAUCGUAUUUAUUUGACCUUAAUUUGGCUGAAAAUUGAAAGUCAGUUGUACUGGUAAUUGUGAUUCGUAUUAAACAUCAUUUUGAAGUUGUAAUUAAACCCAUUCGUUGUUCUGUUUGCGUCCAACAUUCUCAUCCAAAAGUAUGUUUUGCCUUUUAUGCGAAAAGACAAAAAUGUGACUUAUGCCCCAUUGACACUUUCAUGCAAUCGUGGUACGCUUUGGUACGCUAAAGUUCGUACCAAGACGGAAACUAUGCCUACCAUUGCGGGAAACAGUCGUAAACUAUGCGUACUAUUGCGUGUCAUGCGUGACAGUGCCGACCCAAAACCUUGGAUUUGUCCAAGCUCAUGCCACGCACUCCAGGGCGUACCAUUUUCGUAAACUAUGCGUACCCGGUGCGUAAAAGUGUCAAUGGAAAUUAUGUCACGCACUGAAGGGUACUCAAUGUCACGCAUUGGUGCGCAAGGUUCAUCACUGGUACGACAAGAUCAGCAAUGGUGCUCAUGGGUUGAUGUAGGUAUCUGCCAGUGGUCAGGAAUUCUUCCUGCCACUUGACGUGUGUCACUCAUUGGUGCUCACAGUUUACUCAUUGAUCCUCACAGUGUACUCACUGGUGCUCAUAAUUUACUCACUGGUGCUCAUAGUUUACUCUCAUAUACUCAUUGGCAGGUUUGCUUCACUCACAGACGCCGCAACAAUCAGAGGCCUCCGCGGGGGGGUUUCUUCAUAGCAACAUGCUUGCCGUCAACGGCUCCAAGACAGUUGUGGUAAUUCCAACUGCUACUAAAACCUUCAGCAAUAGCCUUCCACUGGUCUUCUGUUCUAGGACAAACUAAUACUUCUGGCUUGUAGACCUUGACGAUAGCUUCAAGAGGUUCUCUCAUCAAUGUUUAAUUCUUCUUCAGGUGUGGGGUCAACUUUUCAAUCAUCUAUUGAAACAGUUCGGGGGUGAUACGUAGGAAGUUCUGGUAACCUCUGCGAACUUCCUUGUGUAGUUCCGACAAUAACUGGUCAUAAUGGCCAAAAUGUUGUCUCCUUGUCAACCAUUGCCUCACCCAGAGUCUCCUGACUUUUCUUUUCUUGCUGCAGGCAGACGUUCUGUCGGUGUCAGGUUUUGAUUGUAGAACAAUAUUUUGUUCACUUUCAUCUUCUUCCAAAAGUAGUAGACCAGCAGCUGCUGUAA